AUGAACAACACUAAUGUCUUGGGAAUCUGUAUUGGUGCAGAAAUGACCUCACUCAACUUCACUAACAUUGAAGCCUUGAAUGGUUCCAAUUACAAGAAAUGGAAGGAGGACAUUGAGAUUGCAUUGGGACUCAUGGAUCUCGAUAUUGCUAUUGAUGAAGAUCAACCUCCAGCACUUACCCCUCAAAGCACUGCAGAAGAGAAAACCAAGCAUGCUAAAUGGCAUAAGGCAAACAAGAUGGCACUGGCAAUAAUGCGAAAAGCAAUCAAUGAGACUGUCAGAGGUGGAAUUCCGAAAUGUGACACAGCCAAAGAACUGCUUGACACCAUAGGAAACAAGUUCAAAGAAUCUGGGAAAGCUGAGACUGGCAGCCAACUCACCAAACUCACAAGCAUGAAAUAUGAUGGCUCAUGGAGUGUAAGAGAACACAUGCUGAAAAUAUCAGACAUUGCACUAAAGCUCAAGGAUCUCGAAGUACCAAUGACAGAUGAGUUUCUUGUUCAUUGGCACUCAAUUCCUUGCCCGCUCCAUAUGGUCGGUUGA